GCCCUCCCACAACAGUCGUCGUCGGGCCACGCCAGUGUCGAGGCGCGCGAAAGGUCUGCUGCUGCGGCGCGUACGGUGAGCGGCGGUUGAAGCAAAGAGUGUUGUAGUUCCGCCUAUUUUUGUGAUGCGCGUGGAUGGUGCCCUGUGAAGUGAGCGAGAGAGUUCCGGGUGGUGAGAUAUGCCCGUGGCACGCUCGGUGUCGGCGUCUCAGCUGGCGAGAGGAGAGCAGGCCGCCACUCCCGCAGGAGGAACUCCCGACGAAGGCGAGGGAGGAGGAGGAGGAGGAGGCCCCUCCAUCCUCACGCAGAAGGCGCACACUUUGGACAGAUUCUGCAACCCCUCGGCCAUGAACGGGCACGCGGAGCCCCGCAGGAAGCGCCCUUUCAUGUCCUUCCGGCUGAGCAAGAAGCCGGCCAAGUUCAAGGACGGGGGCGGCGGCGGGGGCGGCGGGGGCGUGCCUUCGAAGGGCGGCGAGGUGAGCCCGAACCCCAACGGCGUGUCCGAGACCUCCUCGACCAAGGGCAGUGUGGUGAGCGAGCCUGGCCUGGGCGGCGGCCUGAGCGGGGGCGGCAGUGAGAGCGUGGACGGCGGCAGUGAUUCCAGCAGUGCCUCAGUGAAACCAAAGAAAAAGUACCUCACGCGCAUGAGCUCCUUCGUGAGCCGCGUGGCGAGCAAAGUGCAGGGCGGGGGGGCGGGGGGGCCCGGGUCCGGGGGGGCGCCGCCCUCCGCCUUGUCGUCGGGCAUCGCGGGCGUGCACGGCGGCGGCGGCGGCGGCUCGAACCGGGCGGCGGCGGCGGCGGCCAAGCUGGAGCGCAGCAAGACGAUCUCCGCGUCGGACGUGCGCUCGGCGAAGGCGGAGGCGGAGUGCGUGGUGUUCGCGGAAGGCAAGGUGCCGGGCGCCAUGGGCAUCCGCAACCACGGCAACACGUGCUUCAUCAACGCCGUGGUGCAGUGCCUGAGCCAUACGGACGUGCUGGCCGAGUACUUCGUGCUGGACCAGUACAAGCACGACCUGGCGCGCUCCAACAAGAUCAACUCGAAGAAGUACGGCACGCGCGGCGAGAUCACGGGCCAGCUGGCCGUGCUGCUCAAGGCGCUGUGGACGCUGCGCUACGUGCCCGACGUCUCCAUGAACUUCAAGAACACCGUCGACAAGUACGAGUCGUCGUACCGCGGCUCGCAGCAGCACGACGCCGCCGAGUUCCUCAUGUUCGUACUCGACAAGGUGCACGAGGACCUCAACACGGCGUCCAAGCGCAAGUACAAGAAAAUCAAGAAUACUUACGGGCGGCCGGACGAAGUCGUGGCUGCGGAGACGCUGGCCAACCACCUCAGAUGCAAUUGCAGUUUUAUACACGAAAUUUUCCAGGCUCAAUUCCGCUCCUCGCUGAAGUGUCCGCACUGCAACAAGGAGUCCAACACCUUCGACCCGUUCCUGUGCGUGUCCAUCCCGAUCCCGCAGAGGGAGGUGCAGGCCGUCUUCGCCACCGUCGUCUACCUCAACCAGCAGCCUAAGCAGGUCCAGCUAGGCGUAAGCAUAGAAGCCAACGCAACGAUCCGGGAACUGAGGAAACAGCUGUCGGAGGACUGUGGGAUCUCGGCGGAGAGCCUCAUCCUGACGGAGGUGGACGGCGAGGGAUUCCACAGGACGUUUGCCGAUGAUACAUCAGUGAACGUCAUCAGUGAGACUGACCCAGUGUACGCCAUCGAGCUGCCCCCCCACAAACCCCCCUCCCAGGACAGUGGUGCCUUUAUCCUUGUCACUUGGGUCAAUGUGGUACUUGCCGAGCCAGACAACAUUAGAUUUGGUGGUGUUUAUCAGAGUCAGGUGGUGAGAGAUGUCAGUUACGUAGACCUACAAAAGCUACUGCUCAAAGAGAUGACUAACAUGGUCACCAACGAAACUCUGACUUCAGAACAAGAGAGUGGACUAUUCCUAAUCGGUGUCGAUGAUGGAGGAAGUUGUGUGGUCUGCCUGGACCCGGCUCUUGACGUGCCACUGUUCCAUGAGAGUGUGGAGCAGGCGUUGGCACUCUGUGAACCUUCCGCAGGGCCCCCGCAUGUGAAGCUUAUCCUACAGUGGACGUCUGAAACCAAAGAAAAGUACAUUAUUGAUGAUGUAGACCACAUGGAUGUGCACGCGAGUGUGAAGGACCUCAAAGAGAACCCACAGCAGUGUGCAUCUGUGUCACUACACCAGUGUUUACAGCUUCACACGUCGGCAGAAAAGCUUGGCUGUGGCGACGCAUGGCACUGCCCAACUUGUAACCGCAAGCAGCAGGUGGUGAAGAGACUCAUGCUUUGGUCGGCCCCACAGAUCCUUGUGAUACACCUCAAGCGCUUUAGACAGGGAACCUUACAGAGCAAUUCCUCCAAGCUGUCAACAACUGUCAAGUUCCCCCUGAUGGGCUUCGACAUCUCGGAACAUGUGGCCAGCCGGACGACUGGCAAUAACACACAGAACAAUGUAGACUCUGGCGUGCUAGGGGGAGUGUGGUCGCCCUGGAAGCGGCCAAAGCGAUAUGUCCCCCACAAUGAGGAGAACGUAUAUGACCUCUAUGCAGUAUGCAACCACCAUGGCAAGGACAUGCAAGGCGGACACUAUACAGCCGUGUGCAAAAACAGUGCGGAUGACAAGUGGUAUAAUUUUGAUGAUAGUAAAGUGGAAGUUACAGCGGAUGAGAAUGUGGUCACCCCAGACGCGUACAUUCUUUUCUACCAGCGCCGGAGUGAGUCGGGCCACAUCAACAACAGCUGUAGUGAAGGCGGGACCGAGCACUGGGCUUACCGCAUCCCUCUGUCUCACCUGCCGUCCACUCUAAUUCCUCAGUCCUUCAGUGAAAAGAAGGCUCCGCCACCAUUUGAGAGAGGACGGUCGUAUGGAACUCUGCCAGUGAAUGCCAGGACACAGAGACAGUCGUCAACAGAGCGUGAUCAUGCGUCAGACACUGAGGCACCUUUGGCUUCACAUGAGGAAUCUCCCAUUCUGAAGAGGAGGUCAACCAACACGUUGCAUGAGGACGAAGACUCUCCCAGUGAUGAGGCACCCAAGUCCAACCUGAAGAUCGAGACCAUAAAGGUGGAAGUUUUGCCAACACAGAAUGGGGAUGUCAAUAUGGAGUGUGAGAACAGCAUCUCCAGUGCCCCCGACAGUGAUCAGGAGAUGCCAGAUGUCCAGAGGAAUUCUCCUGGAAAGACAGUCCUGAUUUCACGUUGCCAGGCUCUGCGGGACCAGGAUCUGGAGGAAUCCGUUGAUGCGUCAAAACCAGAACCCCCAGUGAUGAAUGGGCAUGCUGAGCCGGAGGUUGCAGACAAGGCCACCCAGAAGAAUGAGGAUUCUCCCUUGCCUUCCCCUGAUAAGUGUGAGGACGACCCUAACCAUGAGGAGCAGACGCCAGAGGUCCGAAUCCACCCUGCCACUCCAGAGGUGCUUGCGGCUCACCAGGGCCACACUGCUCAGACGCAACCUAAGCGAAGCGUCAUCACCCUCACCCUCCGCCCAAGGAACCCCAGUGAGUCGUCCAGUGGUGGGACCCCUGAGCCACGUAUCAGGGUUGUGUCUAGGACGCCCAGCAUGGUUAGUUCCUGCAGUACGUCUAGCAAUGCGAGUGGUCCCAUAGUCAAUGGCGUGGAUUACAGCCACUUGAAUGGAAGUGUAGAAGAACCAAACAGAGACAUAAUCUACAAUGAAAGCAGCAAUGUAACACCAGAAGUCAGAAUUACUCCCAUUCCCAAGAACUUUGAGGCACCCACGUCUCUCCAUCCCACCAGAAUGUCUACAAGAAGCACAAACACCAACAAGACCCCCAGCUUUGUGGUGAUCAACACCCCCACAGCCAGCCCAAGAGCACCCAGGCCCAAGACCCCAGUUAGCAAUGGCAUCAGCACGUCCCCAAGGCCGCCCUUCGCUCCCAAAUUUCCCUCCAAACCAAGAGAGCCUCCCAGUGAGUCUUACAAGAAUCAGCGACCGAGUGCGAGCCGAAAGGAGAAUGGGGUAUUGUCAAGACAGGCCAUUGUCAGCGGGAGAAACAGCAACGCUGUGCCCUCUGUGAGCUACUGCGCUCCAGUCAAAAACAACCUGAAUGGCAUAAGCACCAAACACAGUCGGUAUGAUCGAGUGGAAUCGAAGUUUAGCCGAGAGGGGAAGAGUGAAAGAGGCGAGUAUAUGAACAAGAGAGAGGACAGAUAUGACAGGGAGCACAGCAUGGACAGAGACAGUAGGUCAGACAGAGACCACAAGUUUGAGAGAUGUUCACUGAAGGCAGAGAGAGAUGGAAAAUAUGACAGGGAAUCAAGAUAUGAGAGAGAACUGAAGUAUAAGAGAGACAGUCGGUAUGAGAAUGACCAUAGCAUAGACAGGGACCUCCCUUAUGAAAAAGAGAUCAGAUAUGAUAGGGAUUUCAAAUGUGAUAGGGACAGCAGAUAUGACAGAGAAUGUAUGUAUGAGAGAGAUAUCAGAUGUGACAGGGACUACAAGUAUGAGCGUGAGAGCAAGUGUGACAGAGACUUCCUCUAUGACAGAGAUGCUCACUGCGACAGGGAAUACAAAUACAGUAGGGACACAAAGUGCACCCGUGAUUUUAGCUAUGACAGGGAUCUCCUUUACGAAAGAGACUCCAAAUUUGACCGAGACUACAGGUAUGACAGGGGAGACCCCUCCUGCGACCGAGACUACAAGUACGAGGAUUCAAGGUAUGACCGAGACUACAAGUAUGAGAGGGAAGAGAGUAAGUGUAUCCAAGACUUCAAGUAUGACAGAGGAGAGAUGAAUGGGAGGAGGAGCAUAUGUAAGACUCCUGAGCAUUGCAUCUCUCAGGACUACCCUAAGGGGCUAACCAACACUGCCAACCCCCCGGUGAUCACCGAGUCCAGCGUAUGAUAGCGCCUGAAGUGCUGUAUGCACUUCCUACCAGAGUCAUUUACUUUUUAGUAAAUUGUCGUCUUUUUUUUUCUCUCUCUUUUUUUCCUUUUUUUUUAUAUAAUUAUUGCAUAAGACCAAAGGUUUUAUGAACCAAGUGUGAUAUAAUUUAUUUACAAUUUCCACAGUGAUACUUAGAGAAGGACACCUGUCACUCUCCCUUUGUGGUUUAGCUGGGUGACAUGCAGCUUCUAUUGCUUGUGAAGAAAGCCUGCAGAAUAUUUUUCCUUCCUGGAAAUCUUUAUACUGUAUAUGUUUAUUAUCUUUUAUGCAAGUCUUUUAGCAUUUAAAGAUAUUCAGGUUGAAUACACAUUUUAUGAUGCACAUAAGCUUUUUCACAUGCACAUGCUGUUUAUACAUUCCAUAUUUGACAGAUUUCGUACAUAUAGAAAAUAUGUAAAUAAUUUUUACGGAGAAAUGUUUAUUAGAUUUUUUAUAAGAUGUGCCUAUGAUAAUUUUUUUAUUUGUUUUGUUUUUUCGUAAAUUUGUUUAGUUUAUAGAGAAUUUUUUAAGUUAUUCCGAUUUUAGAAGAUACGACUGUGGACUUUUUUUAACCUGUAUAAAAAGGCAUCACUGGCAGCUCAAACCCAUUGAGUGUGUGUCUGUGCCAGUGACUGUAUGUAUUGUAUAAAGAGGAACCAAGUCACGACAGAAUUAGCAUAUUGGCGCUGGUUUCAAAUUGUCAGAUGUCAAAAUAUUUGGUUAUACAAAUAUUGCUAUAUUACUGAAGAGAGAGAGAUUGAGAGACCAAAUAAUCCAUAAAAAAAGACUUUUAUUAUUGUAAAUGCAUUAUGAAAUUGCACAAAAUCUUUAUCAUAGAAAAAUUUAUUUCACUACAUGUAUCAACAAUUAAAUUUGUGUGUGUGUGUGGGUGACUGCAUUUGUUUUAUGUGUAUGUGUGCGAGUACUUGUUCAUCCAUGUUCAUAUCUAGUGUUUGUUCUGCCUCAAUGUUUGGCAUAAGCUGAGUGUUUGUGUGCAAGUUCUUCCUCCUCUUUUUUUUUUUUUUUUUUUUUUUUUUUUUUUAUAAACGUAAUGGAUAAAAGCAAAACAUGUUCAGUUGCCGAAUAGAAAAGAAAAACUUAAAGGAUAUAUAUAUAAUGUACAGUCCAACUGUCUGAGUGUUUGGUGCAUUGGUAUAUAUUUACAAAAAAAAAAAACAACAGUUCUUCGAUAUUAGGCUUUUCUUUUGAUUCUGGCUGCUGUGAGCUUGAGAUUAUAAUUGCAAUGCAUUAUGGCUGCUAAGAUAUAUGACUGAUCGACUGAAUCCCCCGGAGGUAAUUUCAUUUUUUAACACGAAAAACAUAUCAGUUUUGUUAUUUUAUUGAAGGCACUUGAUUUGUAUAUAUUUGGUCAGAAUAAUAAUACAGUUGCUAAA